AUGGCUCUCCGAAUCAGACGCUUGGAAACCGGCCUGAUCCUAAUGAGCGCAAUUCAUGCAAUGCCGUCUACUGGCCACUACCCUCUGGAUCCACCCGCGCUAUUUGCAGAUAUGCCCUACAGCCAGCCUAUGCCGCCCUAUAGACACGCUCGCGAUGCGUCAAUCCAGCCUGCAAAAGACGUGAACUGCUCUGUGUGCGUCUUGAGACGGGCACCCGACGACUUUUGCGUAACAGCAAUGGCCCUCGACCAAGGGGGGUUGGUGGACCGGAGCUGUGCUGCGCUUUGGCUCCAUCCCACUCGCGCCAUGUUCCAAGUCCCGGGCGGUGUUUCGACGCGUAGAGCUGGAUGCAUGUCAGCGACGUGA